GCAUGUUCUGUGCUUAGGUUCCUGAUGCAGGGAGCUGAACAAAGAGUAUGGGCGACCAAGAAAACCACGACACGAAUGUAGUGACCUAUGAUGAUGUGCAUGUUGACUUCACCCGGGAAGAGUGGGCUUUGCUGGAUCCUUCCCAGAAGAGUCUCUACAAUGAUGUGAUGCUGGAGACCUGUAGGAACCUCAUUGCUAUAGGCUACAAAUGGGAAGAUCAUAAUAUUGAAGAACAUUGUCAAAGUUCAACCAGACAUGGAAGGCUCAAAAGAAGCCAUACUGAAGAUAAACCUGAAGCUUCUCAAUGUGUUAAAGCCUUUGCAUAUCAUAAUCAUCUUCAAAGGUAUGAAAGAAUCUGUAAUGGAGAGAAACCCUUUGAAUGUAAUCAAUGUGGUAAAGUCUUUACACAUCAGAGUAUUCUCAAAAAUCAUAACAGAUCACAUACUGGAAAGAAACCCUAUGGAUGUAAUCAAUGUGGGAAAGCCUUUGCGUUUCACAGUCAUCUUCGAAUGCAUACAAGAACACAUACUGGAGAGAAGCCCUAUGAAUGCAACCAAUGUGAUAAAGCCUUUUCAUGUCACAGUCACCUGAAAAUACAUGAAAGAACCCAUACUGGAAAAAAACCCUAUGAAUGUGAUCAUUGUGGGAAAGCCUUUUCACAACAUUAUCAUCUCCAAAGGCAUAAAAGAACACAUACUGGAGAGAAACCCUAUGAAUGUAAUCAAUGUGGGAAAGCCUUUGCAUGUCAAAGCAGUCUUCUAUUGCAUCAAAGAACCCAUACUGGAGAGAAGCCCUAUGAAUGUAAUCAUUGUGGGAAAGCCUUUGCAGUUAACUGUAGUCUCCAAAAUCAUAAAAGAACACAUACUGGAGAGAAACCCUAUGAGUGCAAACAGUGUGGUAAAGGCUUUGCGCAGAAAAGUCAUCUUCUAAGGCAUAGAAGAACACAUACUGGAGAGAAACCCUAUGAAUGUAAUCAUUGUGAGAAAGCCUUUUCACAACAGUAUCACCUCCAAAGACAUAAAAGAAUGCAUACUGGAGAGAAACCUUAUGAAUGUAAUCAAUGUGGUAAAGCCUUUGCAAGUAACUGUAGUCUUAUAGUACAUAAAAGAACACAUACUGCAGAGAAACCCUAUGAAUGUAAACAAUGUGGUAAAGCCUUUACACAACAGAACUUUGCAUAUCAUAAUCAUCUUCAAAGGUAUGAAAGAAUCUGUACUGGAGAGAAACCCUUUGAAUGUAAUCAAUGUGGUAAAGUCUUUACACAUCAGAGUAUGCUCAAAAAUCAUAACAGAUCACAUACUGGAAAGAAACCCUAUGGAUGUAAUCAAUGUGGGAAAGUCUUUUCACUACAGUAUUACCUCCAAAGACAUAAAGGAACACAUACUGGAGAGAAACCCUAUGAAUGCAACCAAUGUGGUAAAGCCGUUGCAUGUAACAGCAGUCUUCUAUUGCAUAAAAGAUCCCAUAGUGGAGAGAAGCCCUAUGAAUGCAGCCAAUAUGGUAAAGCCUUUAUACUACAGUAUUACCUCCAAAGACAUAGAACACAUUCUGGAGAGAAACCCUAUGAAUGUAAUCAAUGUGGGAAAGCCUUUGCAUGUGACAGCAGUCUUGUUUUGCAUAAAAGAUCCCAUAGUGGAGAGAAGCCCUAUGAAUGUAAUCAUUGUGGGAAAGCCUUUGCAUUUCACUGUCGUCUCCAAAAUCAUAAAAGAACACAUACAGGAGAGAAGCCCUAUGAGUGCAAUCAGUGUUGUAAUGCCUUUGCGCGGAAAAGUCAUCUUCUAAGGCAUAGAAGAACACAUACUGGAGAGAAACCCUAUGAAUGUAAUCAUUGUGGGAAAGUCUUUGCACAAAACAGUCACCUUCUAAGGCAUAGAAGAACCCAUACUGGAGAGAAACCCUAUGAAUGUGAUCAAUGUGGUAAAGCCUUUGCAUAUGUGCCCAGAGUCUGUGCAGAACACUCAUUUGGGGAUUCCUUCCACCUGCCCAAGUGUCUAGCAGUCAACAUCAAGUGUAAAACUUGCCUGCUCCUCAGGAAGAUCCAGGACUUGCCUGUUGUGAUUCAAGGUCUUUCACUGUCUCCACUGCAGUUUGCCUUCAAACGUUCUUAA